AUGUUAGCUUUUAUUCAAGAAAAUCCACAAAUGAAAAAAACGAGGCGCCCUAAUGGUUAUAUUAAAUUUCGUGCAGAAACUUGGAAAGAGCAUAAAAGAGCUUAUCCAAAUGCAAAGUCGCAUGAAUAUUCUGGCAUCGCUGCAACCCGAUGGAAAGAAUUAUCCAAUGCUGAGAAAAACAAAUAUAUCAUGAUAUCCGAAGUGGAAAAGAGAAAAAGAAUCGUAAAGGACGAAAAUGUUUCGAAAAUUGAUGAUUUCGAAAAAGACCAAAUCACUUUCCAAGCACAGAAAUUAGACGGUAUCAAUGCUGAUAAUACCCAUAGUAAUCAGCAGCAACAUAUGAUGUUGCCGGUUGUCCCCAUUACCGAAAAUUCAUACAGUCAAAUUGGAAUUUAUAAUGCCAACGAAUCAUAUUAUCCAUCAAUUGGUUAUCAUAUGAGUGAUUAUGACAAUUAUCAAUAUUCUUCAAAUAUACCCGUCGUUACAACAACUGCCACGGAUCACGACUUUUUAUCGUAUCCAGAAUCGCAAAAUUUUAAUAAUAUUUCUACGAAUGUUUUCAAUCCUAAUGAAGGAAAUAUUUUGAUGAAUACAGUUGCGGACUGUAACAACCUAGUUUAUGGUGACCAAACCAUGUCUCCUGAAUCUUAUGAGAAUUACCUAUUUCUUACGGGUAAUUCGGGAACAUUCGAGAAUUUCAUCCCGUAUCCAUAUUAA